AUGCUGCCUAAAAUUUUUAGCCCCAACGAGAUCAAAAUCAUAUACCUGAGGUGUGCAAGUGGGGAAGUUGGUGCCAUGUCUGCCUUGGCCCCGAAGAUCGGCCCAGUGGGUCUGUCUCCAAAAAUGAUCAGUGAUGACAUCGCCAAGGGAACCAGAGAUAGGAAGGGUCUGAGGAUUACAGUGAAACUGACCAUUCAGAACAGACAGGCCCAGAUUGAAGUGGUACCUUCUGCCUCUGCCCUGAUUAUCAAAGUCCUCAAGAAACCACCAAAAGACAGAAAGAAGCAGGAAAACAUUAAGCACAGUGGAAAUACCACUUUUGAUGAGAUCAUCAAUAUUGCCUGGCAGAUGCAGCACUGA